AUGGCGGCUGAGUACUAUGCCAGCUCUUAUCGUGAAUUCAAAGAGAUGGGCAUGGAUGAGUUGGCCGUGUCCGUCCUGAAAGAGGGCCUGCAAGCGCAUCCCUUGGACGAGGGCCUGGCCGAGCUUCGCCGCGAGAGUGGUCUCGGAGACGAGGUGCGGCUCCCGGCUAAGGCACCGACAGAGCAGAUCACGUUGGAACAGCUUCUGACUGGCUCCAUCACCACGAUGAAGCCGCAGAUGCAGAGACCCGCCGAAGAGGACGAGAUAGCGCCCACAGAGUUCAAGGAUCCAGAGAUGAAUGGAGACGAAUUCUGGUCAGCCCUGCGCAGCCAGAAGUUGAAGGCGCUGCUGCUGGAACGGGGUGGGCUCAUCCGAGUGUCCGACUUCCUUCCGAAGGAGCUUGCAGAGAAGACCUUCGCCACCAUGCAGUCCCUGCAACCUGGCGAGUGGUCCGAGUCCAACUCCUCCCUCUAUGAUGACAAGGGACAGUAUGGCGACAAGAGCGCCAGCCACUGGUUCUACAGGUAUGACGGCGACAAGCUGGAUGAAACUAUCCGCGAGAUCCAGUCCAUCGGAUCUGGCUUCUUCCCCAGCUUCCAGGCAGCCAAAUACGAGACCAGCGGAAACCUCAGCGCCCACGACGACAGCAACUACUUCCGGGUACCCCCUACGGACCCCAACCGCAGCAAGGAGUAUCCAGCUGGCCAGCUGCUCUUCCGCAAGAUCGCGGUCAUAUACUACCUGACCAAAGACUGGCGUCAGGACUAUGGCGGGGCGUUGUUGGACCUCCACGGAGAGACCAAGCAACUCUUGCCGCGCUUCAAUUCCCUCGUUGCCUUUCUGGUCCCCCGUGUCCAUCAAGUCGAGGAGCUGGCUGCAGGCUGCCCGCCGCGCUUUUCGAUCUUCGGCUGGUUCAGCGACACUGCACCCUACCCCAACGAGGAGGGCUUGGCCAAAAGACCGUGGCUGUCGACCAUGGAUUCGCGUGGCCUUCGGUAG